UGACGAGUAAUUCUGACUGUUCACAACUUCCUUGAGUGGCCUUUACUGCGACUAAACUCCGAAGAUCUUUUCUCCUACUGCAUGAAAUCACAGACCGACUGAUUUAGCAAGUUUUUUCGCUGAAUAUGGAGGUUGGUUAGUGGCAGUUACAAGAUUUUGUACAUUGAAUUGUUUGCCUUAUUACUCCUGAGAAACUUGAAGGCCCUGGAAGAAUCAUUAUUAAAUGAAAAGUACCUUCAGCAUUUGAGGCAAAAUGAGUGCUGCACAUUCUAGAGCAAACAUUCUUCAUAGGAAUCCUGAGAAUGACUUUGAGCUCAUUCAAAAGAUUGGUAGUGGUACUUAUGGAGAAGUGUACAAGGCAAGAGUGAAAGCCACCGGCUCCAUGGCAGCUGUAAAAAUUGUUCACAUUGAUGCAGGGGAUGAUUUUGACAUCAUUCAGCAAGAAAUUGUUCUGAUGCAAGAUUGCAAACAUCACAACAUUGUGCAAUAUCUUGGAAGUUACUUAAGGCGAGACAAGUUAUGGAUUGCAAUGGAGUUCUGUGGUGGUGGCUCUUUGCAAGAUAUUUACCAUGUCACUGGCCCCCUUGCUGAAAAACAGAUUGCAUUUACAUGUACAGAAAUGCUAAAGGGUUUAUCAUAUUUACAUGGAAGUGGUAAAAUUCAUAGAGAUAUCAAAGGGGCCAAUAUAUUGGUCACAGAUGAUGGCAACAUCAAACUAGCUGAUUUUGGAGUCUCAGCACAGAUCACUGCUACCCUCAAUAAACGAAACUCGUUUAUAGGAACCCCAUACUGGAUGGCACCCGAGGUUGCUGCUGUUGAAAGAACUGGAGGAUAUGAUCACCAGUGCGACAUUUGGGCAGUGGGAAUAACAGCUAUCGAGUUAGCGGAGCUUCAGCCACCUCUGUUUGAUCUGCAUCCAAUGAGAGCUCUUUAUUUGAUAUCAAAACGAAACUAUACACCACCCAAUGUCAAAGAGAAGAAUAAAUGGUCCUCUGAUAUGAGGGACUUCAUUAAGCAAUCACUGACAAAGAACCCAAAGAAGAGACCACCAGCUGAUAAACUAUUGCAGCAUAACUUCUGCAGUUUGGGUGCUGGCGGGAGAAAAUUUGUCGUUGAGUUAUUAUCGAGGCAUGCGCAGCUAAAAGAGAAAAAGCAGUUUAGAUACAGUGGUGAACCAGAACCUGAGUCUGUUGAGCAAAAGGAACAAGAAAAGUCGGAAAAAACAGUGAAGAGAAUUAAGUCAAAGAAAAAUAAAAAAAUGAAAGAUAGGGCUGAAGCUGCAAACGUUGACAUGCCAGAAAACCCAUCACCAAUUAAAAAGGAAGUUGAUCCUAGAGAAGACGGAACAUUCAGACGGCAAUCUAAGAUUGACGAUGCAGGAACAUUAGUGGUGAAACAUCCAAGCCAAAACGAUAAUUCUCAAGAAGGCAGCACAAUCAAAGCAGCUUUGAGACCAAUGCAACCAUUGCCUAAUGAUGCCGCACCUCCAAUACCGCCAAAAACCAUUACACGAGAUAGAGGUAGCCCUGAAUUUCACGCUCCCCCCGUCCCUCCAAGACCACGUGGUGAAGACAGUGAAGAAGACCCACCUCCACUUCCGCCAAGAAAGCCCUCCGCAAGGCCUGGCUCACAAGCCUUUAUCAAUAACACUCCACGAAACUGCUUUACGAAGGUGUUUAAUGAGUGCCCGUUGACCAUUCACUGUGCUAGUAGCUGGACACAUCCAGAAAAUCGAAAUCACUUCCUUCUCUUUGCAUCCAGCGAGGGAAUAUACAGCCUUAAUCUUGAUGAUACAUCAAACGUCGAAAUGGUUCAAGUUUAUUUGCAGCCAUGCACCUGGUUGUACGUCAUUAAGAAUAUCUUGGUCUCUAUAUCAGGUUCGCCUCCAAGCAUUUAUAUGCAUAAUUUGAUGGCUCUUUUUGCUGCAUCUUCAGGGGAACAAUAUGUACCGCAGCCAAGGGAAAUCCCAAUGACAAGCAAAGUUACUGGAACUCAAGGUGUACGCAAAUGCUGCGUUGUUCACAACCCAUACAACAACCAGAUUUACAUGUGUGCUGCGCUCGUCAACAGUGUGUUGCUGUUGCAGUGGUACGAGCCUUUGCAGAAAUUUAUGACUGUUAAGAAUUUUCCAUGCAAUCUCCCAGACAGUCUGAAUUUGUUUGAAGCAAUCGUGAUCAAGGGAUCUGAAUACCCCCUUGUUUGUCUAGGAGUUUAUUUGAGGAAAGAUGGCUCAUUUUUCUUUGAUAAAGUAGAUUUGAAGGCUGCUUCGAAUUGGUUUCUUCAUGAAGACUCUAAGCCUCUAGAUGUAACCACAUUCUCGCAGCUGGAAAGAGAUGUAAUUUUGAUAUCGUAUGGAAGAACUGUUGUAUUCGUCAAUGUUGAUGGUCAGAAGAAACUGAUAAGGGGUCACGUGACACAGUUAGAAUUUGACAAUGAUGUUGAGAGCACAGUCUGCCUUCCCGGAGGUGUGCUUACUUUUCACAAAUAUGGAAUCCAAGGGAAAAGUCUUUUAGAUGGUCGUCCAACUGGCCAGUUCAACGACACUACCAGACUUUAUCGUCUUCUUGGCUCUGAUAGGAUUGUUGUCAUGGAGAGUCGAAUUCCUGAGGAAUUGUCAUCAAAUUUGUUCAUUCUGGCCAGCGGAUAGUUCACAUGAGACUCGAACCAAUUACAAGCCUUGAUCAUGUGAUCCUCGUGAAACAGAAUUAUUGAAGUACAGUCUAUAAUUAUAGCAAAAAGCAAAUGGCAAGGCAUAUCUAUUUCCCGAAUCCGAUUGUGAUUUCCACAUGCAUUGCUUUUGGCACAACCGCAGCGAAGUCUAUGCCUUGUUCAGGUCAAAGGUGCAGAAAAUAGCUCGACAUUGAUAUAUGGCGUAAAGCCAUAUCUGUGAUUUUUAUAUUUGUAAAUUAAUGAUAAUGUUUAUCUUUUGAAGAAAUUAGCACAUUUUGUUACUGUAAGUUUGUUCAGUAAACUCAAGAUAAUUUUUGUAUCUAUUUUUCUCUUGAGGGAAGAUAUAAGUGAAAGAGGCUAGCUAUUUAGAAUUGUAUUGAUUGAUUGACGAUCGACAGGUUGAAGACGUGUAAGAAAAAGGAAAAAAAGGCCUAAACUUAUCACUAGCUUCAGUGGGUAUUAAAAGCAAAGCUGCUGCAGAACUGAAGCAAGAAUAACGACUUGUUACAGCGCUUUGGUCGCUUUGAAAUGCAAUUUUUUCAAAUAAUUGCUCGGUGUUGAUCAUCUUUUGAUAAGCAUGCUCCAUGAUAUGUCAUUGUUUUUGACAGAACAUAAAAUCGUCAUUUUGCACCCUGUAGUAGAGAAUUUGUAUGUUAUUCGGCUUUAAAGUGGUAAUUCGGAGAUUUUUUAAAAAUAAAUUGGCUUUUUGCA